AUGACUGAAGAAACCCGUCAAGCUUUGGGCGAUUUGACAAAUCUUUCAAACAAAAGAGGGAUUUCUUCGGUUUUGGGUGAUUUGCUUCGUAAAUCUGAAGAUGGAUCUGGUAAGAGUAAGACCAUUGCUUAUGAAGAUUCGAGAGUAAAGUUUUCGAAGAGGUUGUGUUUAGUUGUAGAUGAUUUGGUUAAGGGAAAUGCUAGUAGUCCUGUUGAUACAACAACAAACAAAGGGUUUUCUUCUGAUGAUAAGAAUAAUAAUACUUCUGGUGAUUCUUAUGACAAAGAAUCUGAGGAAUCUCAUGGUGGUACUACUAUGGUUGAGAUUUCUAGUGGGGAUGGUGAAGCAUCAAAGGAGAUCUAUUUCGAACCCGGUGAUAGAUACGGUGCACGAGAUUUUAACGCGGCUGCUAAGGGAAACCAAACUGCUGUUGCUGGUGAAGGCUUGGCUUUGUCGGUGUUAAGUAGUAAUGCCGAGAGACAGAAUUCGUUUGUGAUUAGGGAGGAAUUGCCUAAUUGUCAGAAUUUGAGAUCAUUUGAAAUGAGUCGAUGCUCGAAUGUUAACAAGCAGGAGCAUGUGAAUCAGAAUGUGGGAGAUGAUUUGCUAAAAUCUUGCUCUUGUUCGUUUUGCUUGAAAGCUGCUUAUAUCUGGUCAGAUCUUCAUUAUCAAGAUAUCAAAGGUCGUUUAUCCGCCUUGAAGAAGAGUCAGAAAGAAGCUAGCAACUUGAUUCGAAGAAAUGAAAAAGAAAGGCCUACGGAUUUGCAUGCCUCGCUAAACUCUGCUACUUCUGCAAAACUAGAAUCUGAUCUCAUGGGCCAAUGGAGGUCGCUCUUUCUCAGCAUGGGAGAUAUUCUCGCUUAUGAAAGUAACCACCUUCAAAAUAGCUUUUUGACAAUGAAAGAAUUCCGAGAUGAUUGCAAGAUUGAUUUGGAGAGAGCGACGAAAACACCUCAACACAACACCUAG